AGUCAGUGAGGUAUCUAACCAGACACUCAUUUCCUCUUGAAACUCAGAGACGACAAGAUGGCUUUCUCUUGUCCAACUAAGAGAAUGGCUCAGAACACCUUGAAAAUUAGGCUGCAGGGUUUGGAAUGCCACUUCACCUGGAAGUUGGACGACAGCAGAUCUAAACUGGAAAGUCUCAGACAUACCCUGAUAGAUAUCAUCAGCAGCGAGGGGGUUCAAUGUUCCUGGACGGGUCAUCUGUACAACCUCCUGGCUUACCUACACCACGCUUUGGGCUCCACAGAGGACGCUCUUCAAUGCCUGAAGAAGGCUGAAGAGGCCAUUCGCCUAAACAGCCCAGACGACGUGGAGCUAAGUCUGGUGGUCCACUAUGGGAACUUGGCCUGGGUGCACUAUCACCAAGGGGAGAUGACAGAGAGCCAGACCUAUGUGGAGAAGGUUGCGAGACUACUGCGGGACAACCCCUCACCCUGCCCAGGUGUAGUAUGGGGCGAAAGGGCCUGGACUUUGAAUAAGUUUGACAUAAGCAAGAGGAAGGCAGCGGUAUAUUGCUUCCAGAUGGCCUUAAAAGAGGACCCUGAGAACAAGGUGCUGUGCUGUGGCUAUGCCAUAGCAUUUAGUAAAUCUUUUGAAAAUAAAGACAUUACUCCGAGGCUGCGAUCUGAGAUGUUGGAGCACCUACGGAUUGCUAGAGAAUUGGAUCCAGAACAUUUGACCAUCACAGUGAUGUACCUGCAGAGGCUUGCAGAUAGCGGCCAGGUUGAGGAAGCACGUAAACUUGCAGAGGAAGUGAUAGAGAAGCCUUUGGACAGCUUUGGUGGAUUUGGACUCUUACUAUCAUUUUUCAGAGAUUACGUCUCUCAUGAUUCAAGCAUUGACCUGGCAAGAAGGACCCUGGAGAGACACCCUGAUUCACGCCAACUGAAAAAGCGUCUUGCGCAGUGUUACAAAUGGAAGAUUUUCUCUCAAGAAGAGAAAAGGAACCCAAUGAGGCAUAUUCUGAUUGAAAAUGCAGUCAGCCUUUAUGAAGAGGUGGUCACACUCUACCCAAAAUCCCUUGCAGUUAAACUGGAACUGUCUGCCAUGUACAAAGAAUCUGGCAGAGUUGAUAGAGCAGAUAAGAUUUUUGAGGACCUGCUUCUUGAAAUAGAAGGAAUGGAACCACAGGAUUUACAAAAAUUAUACAACAGGUAUGCCCAACAUCUGUUUUAUGCCAAACAUGAUGCUUCCAGGUCAAUUGAUUUCCACAAGAAGGCAGUAGAGAUUAUGCUACCCACUGGCCAACGUGACAGCAGUAUUCGUGUUUUGUUGUCAACUGUCCAUAACGGGGGAGACAGAGCUGAGGAAAUUGUUGACUUUCUGGAUGGACUUGAUGGAGAAGGUGCUGUCAGCCAGUUCUAGACCUUUUUUACAAUAAAGGCUUGAAUUAACCAGAACUGCUUGUCGAAUCAGUGAAAUUUGCAUAACCUGUUUAUGAUUGAUUGAUGUGGAAAAUAUAUUCACUAUACCACUAGGACAAAUCUAGGUGAAUAUAGGACAAAUUUUAAUUUCGUACAAACUGAAUACCUUCGUAUUCCAAAUGUCUGUGCUCAAUUUUACUACUGGGAUUGCUGAGAGAUGCAUGAUCAUCAAUACUAACACUGGAAAGGAAAUUCAAGGCUGAGAGUAAAGUCAUAAAUAUGUAGGCCUAACAUGACAAUAUCUGUCUGGGAUACACAUUUUGAAUUGAAUCUGUACAAGUUAACUAUGGACUAUGUACUACAGACAAACUAAUGUUAUUUUAAAUGUUUCAUUAUAGAGUAGAGAGGUCCUGUAUAGCCUCACAGACAGACUAUCCAGAACAAUAGGAUAUUCUUUAUUUUAUUUACUUCACACUGGGCACAAUAGAUUGUGUUUCUGGAAAAUGUAUGUAAUGUGUAAUAUUAUACUGUCUAAUAUCUUGUAAGUUCUUGUGAAAAUGAAGGUAGUAUGUUAAGAGAUCAUGAAUUAAAGAAAUACAGUAACAGCAAACAACAACAAGUCAUUUUAUAAUUAUAAACCACUCUCCCAGUAGGUAACUACAAUUUCUUAAUGCAUAGCUGUGGAUAUCCAGUUGAAAUUGUAUGACUAAAUACAUUGACUGUCAUCAGCUAUGGUCUGAGUUUGAUUGAUUAAGGCUCUGAAUGUCAUGGAUACCAUACAAGGUCAGGGUCAGGGUACACGGUCAGAGCCAGAGAACACCACAAUACAGCACAGAAUGUUUCAGUGGAAAGCAAUGGGGGAAUGAAGGGUGAUAAGUGUCAGUUGACAUCACAAUACAUCCUUCACCUUCUCAGAAGUUGCUCCAGCAAUCACAGUAUCAUUGCUGCUGAGGAAGAUUGGCCAACAGUACUGUGCAGUAUUUCACUAAUGUUUUAAGUUCUAAGGUAUGUGACAUUAUUGAAAUACAGAUUACACUACACACCCAUUGAGCUCCUUGAUUUUGUUCAGGUGGCUUCCUCUUCAGUUUUUGUCAGAGGAAAAACAGGAUUAGAUGUGUAUACGUCGCCACCUAGUGUUUUAAUAAAGACAAUGCAUCACU